AUGGAGUUUGUAUCAACAAUCAUUAGCCCUGUUAUUGAAUCUUUGAUGGUUCCUGUCAAGAAACAGCUAGAAUAUAUCUUUUCCUCCACAAAACAUGUUAUAAACAUGAAUACUAGAAUGAAGCAAUUGGAUGCUGCAAGCCUUGAUGUCAAAAAUCACAUGGAGGAACAACUGAAAAGGGUUGCAGAAGAUAAGAAAAUGUUUGAUUAUGUUGUGAAGGUGGUUAUUGGGCAACAAAUUGACAUGUUUUCUAUUCAGCAAACUGUAGCAGAAUACAUGGGUGAAUCCCUCACUGAAACGAGUAAAACUACAAGAGCAGAUCGUCUUCGUAUAACAUUUGGAAACCUUUCAAAAGGUAGAAGCAAGGUUUUAGUGAUAUUAGAUGAUGUAUGGGAGACGAUUGAACUCAAAGAUAUUGGAUUGAGUCCAUUUCACAACGACUUCAAGUUGUUGCUGACAUCACGAAAUAAAAAUAUUUGCAAUAAAAUUGCAGUAGAAGCCAAUUUGGAUUUGACACUAGUAAGAGUGGAUGUGAUGGAGGAGGUCGAAGCACUGAAUUUCUUUUGGCAAAUCACAGGAGUUUCAAAACAACAUGAUGUGGAGCUGAAUCAAAUAGGAAGUGAAAUUGUGAGAAGAUGUGGUUUUUUGCCCCUUGCCAUCAACUUUGGACAUUGUGAAACUGUAAGGGCGCUCAAGCGUCACCAAACCACUUGCAAUAGGGAUUGUGAAGAGGAGCUAAAGUUUCUAAGUUUGGAAAGGCUACCAAAGUUGAUAGGUCUUUGCAACACUGCUAAUGUAAUUGAGCUACCAAAGCUGGUGGAAUUGAAACUCGAUGGCCUUCCUAAUUUCACUACCAUUUAUCCUGAGAAUACAUCUGCAACAUCUUCUAUGCCCAGUAACAUGUCUUCCAAUCAACCAUUCUUGAACAAAGAGAUGCUAAUUCCUAAGUUAGAGAUAUUGAAAAUUCUUAGUAUGGAUAAGCUGAAAGAGAUAUGGCCUUGUCAAUUUAGUGGUAAUGACCAAGUUAAUACCUGCAUGUUGAGAGAGAUUCAUGUGAAGGGAUGUGACAAUCUUGUGAAUCUGUUUCCAACAAAUCCAAUGUCGCUGCUGCGUCAUCUGGAAGAGAUUAGUGUUUUUCAAUGUGGAAGUAUUGAAGUGUUAUUUGACAUCAACAUGAGCUGUGUUGGUGAAAUCGAAGAACGCAGUAGCAACUUGAGAUACAUUUGGGUAUGUAAUUCACAAAAGCUAAGAGAGUUAUGGAGGAUGAAAGGUGAAAGUAGCUUUGAUAUCCUCAUCCAUAACUUUCAAGCUGUUAAAAGCAUAGUAAUAAGUGGGUGUGAGAGCUUUGUAAACAUAUUCACACCAACUGCCACCAGUUCUGAUGUGAGAACACUUAUGAAUGAGUAUAGAUGGUAGGAGACCUCGGGAAGAAAGCAGGAGAAACAUUGAAUUGGCUCAGAAAAGCCAAGAGGUAUGUGGAUGUGUAUGUGUAUGUAAAUGUGUGUACAUACGUACAUAUAUGUAUAUACAUAUCACACUACCACAAAUCAACCAAUUCUACACAAUUCUUUGGAUGUAUUCACACUUAGAAGUAUAUAAGAUUAUUAACUUGCCUGAAGAAAAGUAUUCUGACAAUUGUGCAUGAGAUGAAGUUUUAUGGUUAUGGAAAUCAGACAAGAGAUGAUGGUUACCUUUCAUGUGAUCAGAAGAUUCCCUUGAAGAUCUCAACAUCUUUAUUAAGUAUAAUUUCCCAAGCCCAUAUCAAAAAAGACUCCCUUGAAAAAAAACAUUGUUCUAAAAAUGCUCUGUUCAGAAUAUUAGAAUAGAUUUUACAAUGUACAAUCUAACAAGCAAUCAUAGAUGUAUAAUAAAUGGAACUUUAUUUUCACG